GCGCGAGGAUCGGGGGCAGCGCCGCGACCCAGAUCGCGAUCCCCGGCCGGAGAAAUCGCGCUCCCACGACGUGGCCGAGCGGAAACCGUCGCGCGAGUAUGACUCGCGUCGCGGGAGCGCGCGGGACGACGUCGCCGGCGGCGAACACGGCGGCGCGGGGGCGCCGUCGCGACAGUCGCUCUCGCGGCAGAACUCGCGCGACUACGACGUGUACGGCGUCGACAAGAGCCCGCCGCUGCUACCGCGGCAUCACCUGCGCGAGGACGACCUCGCGGCGACGAUGCGCGACCUCGAACCCGCGCCGCCGAAGACGCACCUCGAUCCGAGCUCGGCGAGCGCGAAGAGCUACAAGGGCGGCAACAGCACGAGCCGCCGCAAGGUGGAGACAAUGCUGCGCAACGACUCGCUCAGCUCCGACCAGUCGGAGUGCGUGCGGCCGCCGCCGCCGAAGCCGCACAAGCACCGCAGCAAGAACAAGCAGCGGCGGCAGCACAGCCUGAGCAGCUCCGACGACGAGAUACGCUCGACGCCGGAGUGCACGAGCUGCGACGACGGCGAGAUCGAGAGCGAGAGCGUCAGCGAGAAAGGGGAACUAGAUACCUAUGAGGAUGUGCGUAGAGUAGUGUCGUUAGCAGAGUUGUCAGAUGCAAAAAAGAGUAUAGUGCGCUUUGGUCGGGGGCGUUCGUUGGAGGACGAUAGUGGGAGCUUGUCCGAGCCCCAAAUUAAAGACUCUGGCAUAGACACGAGCAGCUGUGCAACUCUAUGUGAGGAACCGACCAAGCAUCCUGUAACAUGGCAACCGAAUGCCAAUGGUACAAAACUGAUAGGCCAUAUGAUAUUGAAGAAAACUGUGAAGGACGGUCAAGGUCGCGAUUCCAGCGCCAUCUUGGGGCUGAAGGUCGUAGGCGGGAAGAUGACCGAGUCCGGACGCCUUGGUGCUUUCAUUACAAAGGUUAAGAAGGGCAGCAUUGCCGACACUGUGGGACAUCUCAAGCCUGCAUUGAAGAUCUUCUACAAUACCCUACAAGACCUUCGGCACAACACAAACGUCAUGGGAGGUGUGACUGUCCUGCUCUCGGGCAACUUUUGCCAAACCUUGCCAGUCAUCGCCAAAGGAACAAGAGCAGAUGCUGUCAAUGCCUGCAUCAAGUCGUCCUUCCUCUGGAGCAAGGUGAACCGCCACAGCCUGAAGACCAACAUGAGGGUGCAGCUCAGCGGCGAUGAAGAAGCUGGCCGCUUCUUUCAGCAACUGCUGGCAGACUCGCCACCACAGCUGAUGGCCAAGCCGAUAGGUUCGGAGCUGAGCGAGCGGCAUCGCACGUCGCAGAAGACGAAGGAGCACGUAAGCCUCGACCGGCGGCCCAGCGUGACGGUGACGUCACCGGGUGCUCGUGAGACGACCAUGCUGCAGUCCCAGCCGCCUGAGGUCGUCGGCAGGAUCGAGUUGAAGCUGUACCACAACAGCCAGCAGGCGCAGUUGCUAGUGAUGGUGAUGUGUGCGACCGAGCUCCCACUGAAGGCUGCGACGCACCAGCCAAGGAAUCCCUACGUGAAGAUGGUGCUGCUUCCAGAUCGCAAUGACAAGCGACGGACAAAGACGGUGGCGAUGACGUGUGAGCCGCGCUGGGACCAGACGUUCGUCUUCCAGCCCGUGCGUGAACAGGACUUGCUGCGACGCUCUCUCGUGCUCACCGUGUGGGACUACGACCGACACGCGAUGAACGACUUCCUCGGAGAGGUUGUGCUGGAUCUAGGGGUACAUCCACUGGACAACACACCACAGUGGUUCCAUCUCAGACCUCAUACUGACCAUAUAUCCUUACCUUUGGCACAUCAGCAGCACGGCCGACGACACUCGGACACGCGACACCAGGUGGCGCCCGCCGAGUACCUGAUGCCGCCGCACGGCCGCAUCUCCGGAUUCAGCGAUAGCGAUCUGUCGGAGUUUGAUUAUGAGGACAGCCUGGCGGGCGGCGUGCAGAUGGUGGAGCGGGACGAGCGGGAGCGCAUCGCCGCCGAGAAGCGCGAGGCGGAGCUGCGUGCGCGGCUCGAGGUGCCCGAGCCCGGCGCGUACCCACGUCACCAGCGCUCGCCCAUGCCCAGCGAGCGAGACAGCAAGCAGCAGCAGCAGCAGCAGCAGCAGCACGCCGCCCCUCGGGCGAAGUCGCCGCGCCGCGACCGGCUAAAGGAGAGCGCGCAGCGGUCUAUGUCCCCGCUGGAGAUGAGAGGUAGGGGGCUCCACUCAGAGGGAGAAGGCACUCCAGACGACAGUAUGUCGCCGAAGAAACGGCAGCUGCCUCAGAUACCUCUCGAUAUGCAGGGGCAGAGAGAUAAGGUAGAAUAUCCGCCAUUGUCUCCCGUCCUCCGCAGCGAGUUCACCUCAAAGAUGCAGCAGGGCGUGCCGACGACGACGCGUGUGCCGCCGCCGACGCGCGCUCCGAAGCCACCGAUGAAUCGCAGCUUCAGCAACAGCGACGUCGGCUACGAGAAGACGGACGGGAGCCUGUCGGACUCGGCCGCCGGCAUGACAACCGAGGGCAAGCAGCGGCGGCCGAGCAUCGGCGUCAAGGUCGCAUCAUUCGUCGGGCUGAACCGCAAGAGCAGCAGCACGUCGCAGCUGUCUGCCACGGAUACGGGAACUCUCCCUGGCGGGCGCAAGCGUAGCUCGGUGCAGCGCAGCGAGGAGGUGGGCAUGCCGGACAACCUGCGCAGUAAGGACACGCUGAUGACGAAGCAGCACUCGCGCGAGUCGAAUGAGAGCGUGAGCAGCGACAGCUCCUCCCAGAUCGCGCCGUGGAACGUCCCGCGCGUCGGCGGGCCCGACGGUCAGUUUGGCGACUUCAUCGACGGCCUCGGCCCCGGUCAGCUGGUCGGCCGGCAGGUGCUCGGGAUGCCCAUCAUGGGAGACUUCCUGCUAGAGCUGAGCGAACACGAGGGCCGCCUACACGUGCAGGUGCACCGCGCCAAGGGCCUGCAGCAGCGCGCCGGCACUAAGAUGCUUCCCGCGCCUUAUGUGAAGGUGUACAUGAUGGAUGGAAAGCACUGUGUCGCAAAGGCCAAGACUACGAUAUCACGCCGAACGUUAGACCCUCUGUACCAGCAAGUACUAGUGUUCGCGGAGCCCUACCAAGGCAAGCUAUUACAGAUCACAGUGUGGGGCGACUACGGACGGCUGGAGAAGAAGGUCUUCAUGGGAGUUGCUCAAGUUGUACUGGAAGAGCUUGAUCUCAGCACCGCCGUCAAGGGCUGGUACAAGUUGUUCCACUCCUCCUCACUAGUUGGCGCACCGAGCACGACUGGUAGUGCUUCCAGGAAGGGAUCCCUCACAUCACUCGACUCUGUAGGAACGAUGGGGCCGCGGUAACCACGGCGACGUCAGCCCUUGUCGGCACAGCAACUGGGUAGGCGAACGCCGCUUCGGCUGGGGACGGUCGUUUGUGAGGUUUCCGGUGAUGGUGGAUCAAUAGGACGAUCGCUGUGGCAACAACCGAUGGAGUGGCUGCAUACAUUGCGUUACCACUGCGACCGCGGAUUGCCGUGAGACAGCGCGUGCACCAGCAGCCAUCUUUACGAGUUUACUCCUUUCCUACGCGAUUAUUCGACAUACUAGAGAUCUUUGAACUUUGUAGUUAACACGCCAUUUCUCUCUCGCUCGCCGAAGCCACUUUUCCUAGGCCUGUUUUCGCGUCAACGGGGUCACGGCGAUAGGUUUUUCGUUUCUAGCGAAUUAAUUACGAUUGGAGGUUUUGCUUCUCCUUUGAGGUCAUGACUGGGCAUGGGGGUCAAGGUCAUCCUUUGUGACCAUUGGCGUUUGCUAGAGACUCCGCAAUGCUGGGUCAGCCACGGGCAUUUCAAUGACACUGGCAGCCACUUACAUUUAUCACCCAGCGUAGGGCAGGCUAAAGAUGUACUAGUAUUACGAAAGGCAGUGCACUAUAUAGACGAAGCCGCUAUCAUAUUCGGAAUGAGCAAGCGAGAGAGAGAGAGAGAGAAAGAGAGAGAGAGAGAGAGAGAGAACGAGAGAGAAAGAGAGAGAGAGAGAGAGAGAGAGAGGGAGGAGGUAAGAAGGGAAAAGUUCUCAAGUAGUGAUAUCCAUUGUGUAGUCUCCUGCUCCUCCAUGUAAGAAAUGGAAAGAGUUGUGCCUUUGCUGUUCAUGUGUAGUGCAUACAUGCGUGCGCGAGACAAGGCGUUGCUCUUGCUCUAUCCCUGGUAGACGUGAGAUUCACAGGGCAGUGCUACUCGCUAGGGGGCGCUGAGCGUAAUUUUGUUCCUCGCCCUGGGCGGGGAUUACUGCAGAACGUUGUGACCUGUUCUGCUGGCAGUAUCGUAGACGUUAGGAUAGAGUUGUUUGGUUUUGCUCAUUACGACCAGUUGCUUUCGCAGAAAACGCACUUGGGUUCAUCGUCACAAAAGCUAGAAGUUUAGCCGCUAGGGUUUUUAUUUAAUGACAUUUCUCGAGGCACCCCGAGAGGUGCUUCCGACUUGUUGGCGACGACGACGACGAUGACCGUAGGGAUUCGAAUCGCAGAACAUUUCAUUUUUAUAAACGUACGCAAAUUUCUCUUGCGUGAUGAUUUCAUUUGCAUAUUUAGUUCAUUUCGAACCGUUUCUGGUCGUAUUCCAAAAGUCGGACGGGGCAGGGUGGUCUUGUGAGCCGAUGGCUUCAAUGUCUUGUUUAGGAUUGUAAUAAAUCUCGAAUAUCUUACAAAGUAACGUAUGACUAGUGAGUCGCCGUCGCGGCAGCGCACAGCGUUGUUUGUGUGCCGUUGAUGGUGAGGCGGUUGCAGUUCAGUUGAUAAUAGUAAACGAUACUAUUCCCGAUAUACAUACAUCAUCAACGAGCUGUCUGCUUAUGACAGUUUCCCCGAUCGUAAAGGCCUGGUUGCUAGGUGAUGGUACGCACCAACUGCAACAACUUAAUUGUGCUCCAGCACGCGUUCUGGCUGUGUACGAUAAAGACGAGUUGCCCGUUAUAGCAUAUUGCUAUAAUCACGAUAAGUCUCUGUUGUUGAUAUUUACCUGUUAGUCAAUAAGUAUUCUUGCCUGCGAGAUUAGAUUUUAACUCGAAGAAAUAUAUGAAACGACAGCAGUAGCUAGGCACGCGACGUCCUGCAACUUGCAGAGGGCAAUAAUCAAUUAGUAUCAGAGCCCCCGGGGACCAGGGGUCGACACCAUGUUUUCAGGAUUGUAGUCACCAAUAAUACGUAGGACCCAGGCUAGAUUAUGAUAAAUGUGGACUAAUGAAACGGGGCCUUUCAAUGUAGUACAUUUUGUGCUAAAACUAUUUAAACUUACCAAACAUUACUCGAGAGUUUUUGUACUAUACAGCAGAUGCGUAGUGAAGGUAAUACUUAUCUAUUAUUAUACUAGUUAGUUACUUGCUAUUAAAUAAUUAUAGAGAAUUUUAAUAGUGCUGUUUUAGCGUAGACUAGAGUGCAAUUACGGUUUUGGAUUCCUUCGAGUAAACUGAGUUUAAUAUAAAGUACUAGUAAUAUACUAAUGCGCUAAACCCGUGCCGGGCACGCGUGGCUGCUGCAUCCUCCUCGGCAUCCCUCGUCGUGGUCGUGAGGAUGCGGAGGCUGCGCGAGUUUGGCUUCGUCACCGGCCGGCACGUCGUACUGUAGUCGCUCAAAUUCACACUCGACCGUGGCCUUCAGCUGCCGAAACACUCGGCUGGCUUCCCAGCGUUACUGAAUGCGGCCGGGGGAGGGGCAGGGCGCCGACGCGUGGACGGAACAGGGGCGGCCGCCUCACUCCCGCCGUUUCAGAUAUUGUUAAGCACAUAAUACUUACGUAUUCGGGUCAUUAGUGUUCAUCGUCGCACGUGGCCUACUUCGGCUGCAUGGGGGCGCUAGCGCUCUGCUCUCUAGAAACGCGACCGGGCAUAUGUAAUCGAUGUGGGAUCGUUCGUAGAUGAUCGUAUUGGUCGUAUGUGGCCCGAUCAUUCGAAGAUGACCAGUUAUGUGGUUGCGUUUGGAAUGAAAGUUUGUUGGCUCAUACACUCUUUUCAUUAUCGUUUCGCCAUGCCUGUACGCUUGCUGUUAGUCAGAUAGCAACCACUAUACACCAUAGUGCUGCCCAGACAUCAGCAAUAGAUAUGCUUAUUGUGCAAGCCCUAUGUAGCUGCAUGGUGGUAGCUCGCCCUGCUGCUCUGGGCCAUGCGACUUGUUGUGUUUCUAAUAUAUAUUUUAUUGUUUAUCGAGGACAGUGGGGAGCUUGCCAGCACUUGGGGUGGCAGAGGUGACCUCUUGACCUGAGGUUGAGUUAGGUGACCUCUUGACCCGGGGUCACCUGGGCUUUACUAUGUGCACCAUGCGUGUGGAAGUAAUUCACAUAUUUUUUGUUUGCAUUUUUCGUUUCUAUAUUAUAGUUGUAGUAUUCGUUUUGUUUCCUAAGCAAGGUAUGGCAAGUUUUGUCCUAUAUUUCUUUAAUCAUUGUAUUAUGUAAUCAUGAUAAUAAUUGAUUACAUCAAUUGUAAAAAGCAUUGUAUUGUUGUUUCUUUAAAAUUUAAUAAAAACUAUGGAUUUUACA